UUUUUAAGCAGUGAAGAGUGAAAGUAUUUGAGAUUAUGGGGAACUCAGAGAGUGUUUGGUGGAUUGUAGUGGAGUGCGCCUGCAGGAUACUCGGUGUUUCUACAGCAACAGUGUUGUGUGCUGUGGGAGUGGAGACCCUGCAACAGGGAGAAUUCAACAGCCUCGGCAUCUACCUAGUAGUGUCAUCUGUUGGCAUCAUGAUGUUUGAGCUGGCCUUUUUCCUGGACACGCUUCUGUUAAUGUGUCUGCCCUGUCCUCCAAACUGGCAGCUGUUUGUGUUGUGGGGGAAGAUGGCUCGAGUCGGAGGCUUCCAUAAAUUCCUCUAUUACUCCAUAAUGUCAGUGGUCUGCUUCUUGCACCCUGUGUUGGUGUGGCAUGCAAUCAUCCCAGGGACAAUGCUUCUGGUGACAGCUUUUUUCAACUUCCUACUAAGCAAGAAAACAAAGAUCAAAUCUCCAAAAAGGCCACAAGAGAGCCACAGCGACCAAGGUCCGACCACUGUCUGUGUGACAGAAGGGGCAGCCUCGAACAGCACGGUCUCAUUCUUUCACGUGGUGAUGGGAAGGAGAGGGGGUGGAGACCGCUGCCUUGGCCCAGGAGAGAGAGGAGAGAGCGUCCAGGGCAUGCUGGAGUUGGAGCAGACAGCAGCACCUAAAGGCACAGACAGAGAGAGGAGGAGGUGGAUAGAGAAGAGACUGAUAAGCUUGAGAGGUAGAGAGGAGCCUGUGGAGAGAGAGAUGGAGGAGAUGGACCGAUACUGUGAGCCAGAGCCAGACACCACCUCAGACACUGCGCCUAUGAUUACUGACUGAACGUGCCUGUGCGCACAGACUGAGCUCCUUACUGAUAUCACACAAAGGAAAGCACAUGUAAUGUAUUCAUACUGACUGAGUGCUACUAGCCGGUGCUUCACUGUGACAGAUGUUUAGCUGUAAAUAAUAAUAUUAUAAUAUGUCUG